AUGGGCAAGACGGCGAAGUCUGGCCAACCGAAAAGCAAGGCCAAAGAGGAGAAGAAGACCCGAGCGCCCAAGGAAAUUAAGAUCCCGGAGACUACCAUGGAGAAGUUCGACUUCCUUGCUUUGGCACGGUCAAUGGCGACUGAGAUCAAGGACUGUGGGCAGCAGGGCGUCCGGGAGUCGAAGCUCGUCUGGGCCAGUGGUUGCGAUGGCUUGAAUACCAUUGCCGGUGUUCUGACGGCGUUGAAGAUCCCGAACCACCAGUUGUACGGCUCGGAGAAAGCAUCGGCGCCUGCUGUGUUUUCCUUGAAGCGGUUCCAGCCAGGCCACCUUUAUCAGGACAUACGCGCAAGCAGUGAGGCCGACGGCGGUGUCAUCUGCCUACGUCACGGCAGACGGUGCCGGCUCCCGGUGGAUGAGGAGCCUGCCUUAUUCGCGGCAGGCUUCUCCUGUAAGAACAAUUCCAUCCUGAAUCCCGCUCGAUUCGGGUCGAGUCCACUCCGGCCAGAAUGCGAAUCCGCGAUCACGUUUGACGGCGCCGUCUUGUCCAUCGCACAUGUGCGGCCCCGCUUCUUCGUGCUUGAAAAUGUGAACGGAGCGAGGCGUUCGUCUUCAAAACAUGUCUUCAUGAUCUUGCGAGUGAUGCCGACCGGGGCAGGAGCCAGUGCCAGUGACUCCAAGAAAUCCCCUUUGGAUUCCUACCUGGAGAAGCUCGGGACACGGCUGCCGGAGUAUUCUGUUACGGCGGUGAUGGCAGAUGCAGCUCCUCUUCCGGAACGCCGCGAAAGAGUUUUCAUCUUGGGAAGUCGCACCACGGAUCUGGAUGCAACGGCCUGGGCAGCAGCCGUCGAAUGCCUUCAGCGCUUUUCUGCUGGAAAGCCGAAGCAUCAUGUGCAGACCUUGCUGAGCCUUGGGGACCCUGCAGCGCGCGAUGGUGCUCAGGCAGCGGCGAAUCGACCGCUGAAGUGGAUGUCAGAAUACAGCAGCUGCCUGUCCACUGCUUUGGCGACGCUUUCGGAUAAGGGUGUCAUGACGGACGUGACAGAGGAGACUGUGAAGGCCGCCGGCAAGCGCAUCUCCGACCUCUACCCCGACGUUCUGAAGACCACACCUCGGAUUGCUGCGACAGCGGACGGCAAUGAGAUCUUGAUCGAUUCGAUGUGCAAAGCUGCUGAGGCACAGGGAGCGCCCCCGAGCGUGCCAAAGUUGGCAGAUUUGUCGCAGUCCGUGGGGCGAGGCAGUGUUUGGAUCCAUGGAACGAUUGGUACUCUCACGACCUCCACGAACUACUUCUCCUAUGACCACGGCCGCUUCGUGGAUCCGGAGGAUCAUUUGAGGAUCUUGGGAUGGGAUGAAGAGUCGAUCAAGUUGGCAUCCGAAUGCUUGUCAAAGGCAGAACUCCAAGAAGCUGCAGGCAACGGAAUGAGCUGGGCCGCUGUUCUGAAAGUGCUGCUUCCCAUGCUGAUGCGCAUGGGUUUUUUGUCCGAUCUCUUGAAAUGA